UAAUUUCUCCUUUUACUCCCACUAACCUCCACUCUCCUCAAUUGCUCGCCUCCAAACAAAGAAAGGAAAGUCUUCUCAAUUUGAGAAGCAAAUCAACCGAGAACAAACAAUGGAGACCCAAAACCCAUCUCCUUCCCCUUCCCCUUCCGCCGUCAAAACUAACGCCGUCAACGGCAGCAACAGGGAAAGAUCACUGGGCGAUGGGGCUCUGUACGUGAAAGUGAUGACGGACGAGCAGAUGGAGGUCCUCCGCCGUCAGAUCUCAGUCUACGCCUCCAUUUGUGAGCAGCUCGUUGAGAUGCAUAAAGCCGUCACUGCCCAUAACGACUCCAUUGCAGGUAUGAGGCUCGGGAACCUUUAUUGUGAUCCCCUAAUGAGCACUGGAGGCCAUAAGAUUGCAGCAAGGCAGCGAUGGACUCCAACACCAAUUCAGUUGCAGAUUCUUGAGAGCAUAUUCGACCAAGGCAAUGGAACCCCAAGCAAGCAAAAGAUAAAGGAGAUAACUAACGAACUCACCCAACACGGUCAAAUUUCUGAAACAAAUGUCUAUAAUUGGUUUCAGAAUCGGAGAGCGCGAUCAAAGAGAAAGCAGAUGACCAAUGCAUCAAAUUAUCCUGAAUCUGAAGCUGAGGGAGAGAAUGAGUCCCCAAAAGAAAAGAAAGCUAAGUUACAUAAUGGAGAUGAUUCUUCCUACAAUAACACACCUCAGGAUCCUAAAAGAAUACAAGGGGUUUCUCCAUCAAAUUCAAAGUCAUCUGGUAGUCUUGGCCAGAUGUCUUUCUAUGAAAAUAUUCUAUCGAAUCCAAAGAAUGCGACAACUUUAAGUGUUGGACACUCGGACAUCAGUAUGAUACUCAAGAAUGGAUCAAUUGAUGGGGAAAAUGGAGGUACCUGGGAGUUACAGUCCUUUUGAGUCUGCUGAGAGCUAUGACUUCAUGGGUUGAGCCUGCUGUUUGAAUUUGAGCUCUCUGUGAGCUUGGACAUGGACUCAGUAGGAUAGCAUUGGAAAUUAACAGCAGAAUGUUGGAGGAUCAACAAAUGUGCAGUUCCUAUUAUAUGCUGCACAUUAGAAAGCUCUAUAUCCACAGAUGUUAAUAGUUAAGGUGAUGACGGUUGUAGUAAACUGAAAGAUUAUCUUGAAUUUUCUAUUUACUUAUUAAUAUAAACUUAGUAUUGACAUA